CACAUGUCGAGGCUAUAGUUGCCAUAAAUCAUCUGCAAAGUUUCUGGACGUCUCGGAUACUUAGAACGAUUUAAAUAUCGGUUAUUCAAAGUAGAGACGCUCCCGUAUGCGCAUCAAUGUAGACAAGGAAAUGCUUUUAAAAAGCCGAAUCUGUGAAACGUUAUUGUCUGGUUUGCCUUUUGACCUGUAAACCACCAAAUCAAAGCUAACCAGGCUCAGUCUGUCUUCCUCACCACUCGCACACAAACACGGCCAAGGAAAACUAAUCAGUGUGUCGAUGAAUGUUCACACAAACUGAGUGAAAACGUGUUGAUGGGCUUCUCUCUCACUGGUUUGCAUCGGAUUCAGAGGCAUUAUCAGUUUCCUGCGGUGUGGAAAUAUCCUGCUCUCACAUACAUCUGUGGCUUUCUGGAGUAUCCGUGCCCGAGAGUGAUGAUGUUAUGUUGUGUGAGCCCCAAGCCUUCCUUCCUCAGGACGAGAAGAAUAUAGCGAUGCAUACUUUCCCAGUGAGACACAGUGCAAGAGGUCCUGUGAUCUUUGUUUUUACAUAAUAUCCUAAAGUUAAUUUGAGGGAAUUCUGCCAAUAAUCAGUUUUUAUAAGUGUUCAUAUCAGUAAAUAAUGACAUUUUGAAAAUCUGCGUUGGGUGUUACGUCACCCGCCCUUGUUGGUUAAAUUUCUAGUCUCUUCUUUCGUUGCAUAUUAACUGAAUUAAAACAAAUCAAAGUUACUUAAGAAUGAGGCAGACUGAAAAAGUGUUGCAUUUCUAGUAUGAAUUUAGUGAGCAAAUUACAUUUAUUUUCAAUGCACUUUUAGAUAGUAUCUGUUUACAUUUUUAUUUUUUAUUUGCUGUAGAUGUGUAUUUUAUGUGUAGGUAUUUUUGUGAAUUUCUGUAAGUCGCUGACGUUUUUACAACACGAUAUAUUGAUGUGAAUGCUGUUUAUAAAAAACCUUGCAAUAAACUCAGAUUUCCUACUGCCACAUUUAUUUUAUUUUAUUGAAUACAUAUAUAUUUUUUUUCUUUCUUUUUUUCUUCUUUUAUUUAUUUGUUUUUUUUGGUUUAACGUUAGUUAGUGAUUAACGUAUAUAUUUUUUUACCACUUAUUUGCUAGUGUUUUCAUCAGACAACAACAAAGUAGCAGGUGUAUUAAUUAGGGAGAAGCUGUAACUGAUUGGAUGAGCCCAAUGCAAGCGACUACGUCAUUUGUUUUAUUAGCAAACACUCAUUAACGACAGAAGGUGAUGAACCGUGCUCGGUAAGUGAGCCGUGCGAAAGCUAAUGGCGGCUUCUCCACUGGCUAAACUUUGAUUCGGGUGUUCGCAGGAGUCUCCGUAGACACAGAUAAAGAACGGUUCCUUGCGAUAACGAAACACGUUUGGCGUUUAAUUACGCACGUGCGGUUGAAACCUUUCAGGUGACGCCACCGAGCCGUUUCACCGUUAAUUAAGUUCCCACUAACUUGACCGCCAUGGCAGAAAAAACUCCUCUUCUACAUUACCGACUCACCAGCAGCGAUAGUCCGCCUACGAACGAUGAGUCCACGCACAGCGGGGCCAAGGAGGGCAGAGACGGCCGACGGUCCAGGGACACCACGGCCCGGAAGCUCGGGGUGGUGUUUGGCGUGGUCACACCUACUGUACUGGCCAUGUUCAGCGUGGUUGUGUUUCUGCGGAUUGGAUUCGUGGUGGGUCAAGCGGGGCUCUACCAGUCCAUCGCCAUGUUCCUAGUGGCCUACUUUAUCAUCACCAUGACCGUGCUGUCCAUCUGUGCCAUCUCCACCAACGGGGCUCUGGACGCUGGAGGGGCCUACUACAUGAUCAGCCGAGCCCUGGGUCCAGAGUUUGGCGGCAGCAUUGGGAUCAUGUUUUUCUUUGCCAAUGUGUGCGGCAGUGCUCUCUAUGUUUUAGGUCUGGUCGAGGCUGUCAUGUCUACCUUUGGCAUCCCAGAGGAGGGUGCUGCAGCUGUUGCAGGUCCUCAUCAGGUGCUGCCCUCUGGAUACUGGUGGUCUCUGCUGUAUGGCACUGUGUUGCUCUUCCUGUGUUUCAUUGUCUGCUUGGUCGGUACCCACAUCUACGCAAAAGCCACCUUUAUUAUCGUCAUCAUAGUCACAGUCAUUUUGGCCAUCGUCUUCAUCAACUUUUUCGUUGUGGGGCCCUUUGUGGUGGUUCUGCCAGAAAGUUCUGGUCUCAACCGUACCAGCAGGAGCACCGCCAAUUACACUGGCUUCCGCCUCCACACCUUGAAGGGCAACGUAUUGCCCGAUUACACAGUGGACUACACCACUGGUGCCACCAUGAGUUUUGCCACAGUGUUCGCUGUCAUGUUCAAUGGCUGCACUGGGAUCAUGGCAGGCUCCAACAUGUCUGGCGACCUGAAAAACCCCAGCUAUUCCAUCCCAAGAGGAACGCUUGCAGCUGUUCUGACAACUUUCAUCACAUACAACCUGCUUAGUCUGCUGGCUGCGUGGUCCUGUGACCGUCACCUCCUCCAAAAAGACUACAGUUUCCUGGGAGACAUCAAUAUAUGGCCGCCCCUAGUGACGAUUGGGAUUUACUCGUCCGCCAUGUCUGCUGCCAUGAGUAACCUGAUAGGAGCCUCCAGGAUCCUGUACGCCCUGUCAAAGGACUGCCUGUUUGGUGGUGUGCUGGCUCUGGCGAAGAAAACGUCUCUGAGUGGGAACCCCUGGGCCUCGGUGCUUGCCUCUUGGCUGCUGGUACAGGUGGUGCUGUUCGCUGGUAAAUUGAACACCAUUGCUAGUAUUGUAACCAUCUUCUUCCUGUUGGUCUAUGCUGCUGUGAACCUGGCCUGUUUGGCUCUCGAAUGGGCUUCUGCACCAAACUUCAGGCCCUCAUUCCGCUGCUUCACAUGGCAUACCUGUUGUCUGGGCAUCGUUGGUUGCCUGGUCAUGAUGUUCCUGAUCAAUGCCAUUUAUGCGUUUGCCAGCAUUGCCUUCAUGCUGCUGCUGUUGCUGCUUAUCCACCACCUCGGUCCCAUCAGCAACUGGGGCUACAUCAGUCAGGCUCUCAUCUUCCACCAGGUGCGCAAGUACCUGUUGAUGUUGGAUGUGCGUAAGGACCACGUGAAGUUCUGGAGGCCCCAGCUGCUGCUGAUGGUGGCAAACCCUCGCAGCUGUACAAACCUCAUGACUCUCAUCAAUGACCUGAAGAAGAGUGGCCUGCUAGUACUGGGACAUGUGAAGCUGGGUUUGCUGGAUGGGCUGCCCUCUGAUCCUCUGCCGAGCUGUUACGACUCGUGGCUUUCUCUAGUGGACCAUCUAAACAUCAAGGCAUUUGUCAACCUUACCCUGUCAGACUCAGUCAGACACGGAGUUCAGAACCUGCUUUUCAUCACAGGCUUUGGCGGAAUGAGGCCAAACACUCUCGUCUUGGGAUUCUAUGAUGACUGCACCCCUCAAGACGAGCUCCAGGGUAAAAUCCUCCUGUCUGCAGGACAUGGCUUGGAUACAGGCUCUCCGUCCAUAGACCCCCGAGAGCAAUGGUCUCCCUUCUUCCCUAAUGUGCGCUAUCCUGAGGAACUCAAAGACCUUCCGGAAGAUGAAUAUGUGUCGGUGAUUGCUGACGCUGUAAAAAUGGGGAAGAAUGUGACACUGGCUCGUUACUUCAACCAGUUCAACCGCGAGGAGGUCUUGGAGUCGGGCAGAAAGAUUGGGGGCCACAGAAGCACAACGGGACCAUUUGUUGACGUGUGGCCUCUGAAUCUGCUUCGACCAGACAGCCGCGGAUACGUCGACACAUGCUCACUGUUCCUUAUGCAGCUGGCCUGCGUGCUCCAAGAAUCCCGUGCCUGGAGCCAGGCAAGACUCCGCCUCUUCCUGUGUGUGGAGGCUGGUUGCAGUCUGAAGGAAAAGGAGGUCGAGAAUAAGCUCCGGGUGUUGCUGAACAAUCUAAGGAUUUCAGCUCGGGUGCAGAUGGUGGCAUGGGACCAGGUGGUGGCGCUGCACUGGCAGAGACGAGGAGGAGAGAGCUGGAAUCUGGUGGAGUCUGCGCAGAAUGAUGAGAGGAGGGAGAGACGAGAGGAAGCGGAGCAGGAAGAUGCUAUCCAAAUGUUCCCCAACAAUGAUGCUCUGCUGACGGAUGAGUAUAUCUGCGCUGUCAACCAUCUGAUUCGCACACACGGUGCCCCUCAGCCUGCUGUGCGCUUCCUGUAUUUGCCCCGCCCACCAGCAGACACCAGCCGUUAUCGGGCUUACUUGCACCAGGUUGACGUGUUGAGUCGAGACCUGGGCCCAACAUUGCUCGUUCACGGCGUCACUCCUGUGGUCACUACUGACCUCUAACAUUUGACUCUGAAUCCAUCAACAACCCUGAUCUGGUAUGGUUGGUCUAUGGGAUUGUGCCACUUGUAAUACAUUUUUUUUGACCUGUAAUUUAAACUAUCAACCACAACAUAAGACCUGACCGAACCAGUUUUAUACUUGAGUCAUCCCCAGACUGUGCAUUUAUACAGUUUGUCUCCCUUAUGUUAUAAAGACCUUUAGGCGAAAUGGAUUUGAUGACCUCAAGUUUACUUCAGUUGGAUAUUGAAAAUGACAUGUUGUUUUAAGCUGUUUAGUCAUCACUUGGAGGUGGGGCCACAGUGGUAUACAAAUGUAGGAUUUGCACAUUGUUGGGUGAAAAGAGGAAAAGUCCUUGCAACUCACUUGUAGAUUAAAUCAGUUUGUAUUUUGCCACACGGAAAGCACUUGAACAUUUUUGUACAUGUAAAUCGAAAAAUGAAUUAAAUUGUUAUCUUACAUCACAUUUCUUUCCUACAACUUAUUUAUAAAUGAGAAGAGAGAUUUACUGCAAAUUAAUAACUAUCGGUUAGUAGUAGGUAUUGUCCAAUUUAGUCUAUUUCGAACACCGCUGAGGUACAGAGUCCUGGCUGUUGAAUGCCUGCAGAGGGCGAUGUAUGCCCAGUGUCUUGGCAGUGUUGAUGUGCUGUACAAAGUCUGCCUCUACUAGGCUGUUGGUGUACUGCAGUAAUGGUGUCAAUGCCAGAUUAUAAAUAUGAAUCUGUACUUUAAACACAUGUAAGUUAAUCAGAUGUUUGACAUGUUUUCUGCAUCUCAAGCUAGCACCCUAACCAUCAGACUCCGACCAGUACUGGUUGACCUGUUGCUGACGGGCUCUCAUGCUGGACUAAUAAAAUAUUUUUUUGUCAGAAUUAAAACAUGUUUGGAAGAUGGUUAGAGGCAAUUGUUGCACAUGAGUUUGUGUUGUAAAUGGGGCUAAAUUAAUU